GAGAGAGUGAUCUGUUCCCCGUGGCCAUGGCUAAACCUUAAGAUUCGCAAACGCAACACCAGAUUUCAACUGCAAAACCCUAGCAAAGCCAAAAAUCGCGAGGAAGACGGAGUCAGGGACGGUAGAAAUGGACGAUGACAGAAUAAGCGAGAGAGAGAGGCUCCAGAUCGAGCAGAUUAUGGAGCUCGAUCUCGAGGAGUUGUUGGUCGAAGAGGUCGACGACCUUCACGAAUCCGACGACGACGGCGAUCGUCGCGCCAAUGGGCGUGGAUAUGAUGGUGCUGGUACAUCUGGUGCAUUUAACUUCAACACCUGUUUGGCCUCAUUACACACGUAUCUUGGUGAAGUGGAAGACACCCAUCAUAGAGUUUCCUUUCUGGAAGGUGGUGCUAUCUUGGACCUUCCAAUUUUCUACCUGGAAGGUGUUGUUCUUUUCCCAGAGGCGACCCUUCCUCUCAGAGUUCUUGAGGCUAAUUUCAUAGCUGCUGUUGAGAGAGCAUUGACCCAGGUUGAUGUGCCAUGUACGGUUGGCGUGGUUCGAGCUCACAGGAAUGCUGCCAAUGGAAGAAUAAAGUUUGCAACUGUUGGAACCACUGCAGAGAUUCGACAAUAUGGGAGAUUAGAGGAUGGUUCAUUGAAUGUUGUCACUCGUGGCCAACAGCGAUUUCGUUUGAGGCGUCAUUGGAUUGAUGCAGAAGGAGUGCCGUUUGGUGAAAUCCAAAUUAUCCAAGAAGAUUUACCAUUAAGGACUCCACGGGAUGCAUGUGGGAAUCUAGCACCAUAUGGUAGUCUUCACGACCGCAGUCUCCCAUAUAUGCUGCUGCCUUCAAAUGAGUGUUGUGCUAAAGCGAGUGGAUCUAAGGAUGCGGACAAUGAUUCAGAGGCAAAUUCAGAUGAAAGCUUUGAGGGUUCCCUUUCUUUAACAGAAAGGAGAGCUCACCAGUUUGCAAUCACUUCUUGUCCACAGUAUAAUACAAGAGAUGAAUCAGCUAGCAGUGAUGAGGAGAAAUCAGAAGUCCAAUUUCAAAGAUCUCAUCAUGACUCUGAUUCUACAGGGUCAUUACAUUCAGAACCUGAGAAUGAAGAUGCCGGCUUGGAAAACAGUUCCAUGUCAAAAAUCGGUUCAUGCAAAGGGAAACGGCGGAUUAACUAUUGGGGAAAUAGCAAUGUUAACCACUUGCGGAGAGUUCCAAAAGCAUUUUGGCCCUUUUGGGUGUAUCGCAUGUAUGAUUCUUAUUGUCUCGCUCAAAGGGCUGCAGACUUGUGGAAACAGAUAGUUGGAGCACCAAGCAUGGAAGCUCUGGUGAAGAAGCCUGAUCUUUUAUCAUUUUACAUGGCCAGUAAAAUUCCUGUAUCUGAAUCUACAAGGCAGGAGCUUCUGGAGAUUGAUGGCAUUUCAUAUAGGUUACGCAGGGAAAUUGAGCUGCUUGAGAGUGUUGAUCGUAUCCGAUGUAGAAAUUGUCAAACUGUACUUGCAAGACGAAGCGAUAUGCUGGUGAUGUCUAGUGAUGGUCCACUUGGUGCUUACGUGAAUGCGCACGGUUUUGUUCAUGAGGUCAUGACUCUCUAUAGAGCAACUGGCUUGGCACUUACAGGGCCGGCAGUGAAAGAAUACAGUUGGUUUCCUGGGUAUGCAUGGACAAUAACUAACUGUGCUACUUGUGAAACUGGGAUGGGGUGGCUCUUUACUGCCACAAAUAAGAAGCUGAAGCCUAGAUUGUUUUGGGGGAUUCGGACUUCCCAAGUUUCUGAUAAUACACAAUAACACCUGUAAUCCCCGGUUGCUUCCUGGAGUAUCCCGAUCUUUUGUAUUGAGUUUCUGUGUAUAACUGCUUUAGCAUCAUACAUUUGACAAAUGCAUGACAUUGCCAGCAUGUAUGUGUAGCUUUUAAGGCCACAACAUCUCCGCCUAAACUCAUAGCUAGCAGAAUUUUUAACUCACCAAGACUUAAAAUCUGGCAGAGCAAAAGCAAACUCGGGAGAAUUACCUCCAUUAUUACAA